AUGAUGCUAGGAGUCCUGCUGGUAGUGCAAGAAACGCAAACUGAAAGUCUCUUUGUGCCUGCAGCCUUGCAGCUUGCCAGUGCCCUGGACCUGCCCGCUGGCUCCUGUACCUUUGAAGAGGGCACCUGCGGCUUCGACUCGGUGUUUGCGUUUCUGCCUUGGAUUCUAAAUGAGGAAGGCCAUUAUGUUUAUGUGGAUACCUCUUUUGCCAAGCAAGGGGAGAAAGCCGUGCUGUUGAGCUCUGAUUUGCAGGCCGAGGAGUGGAACUGCCUGCGCUUGGUCUACCAGAUAACCACACCUCCGGGCUCUUUGUCAGACCCCAGCCAGCUGAACCUCUAUGUGAGGUUUGAGGAUGAAAGCUUUGACCGCUUGCUUUGGUCCACUAAGGAGCCUUCAGACAGCUGGCUCAUAGCCAGUCUGGAUCUUCAAAACAGCUCCAAGAAAUUUAAGAUUCUGAUCGAAGGCGUCUUGGGACAAGGAAACACGGCCAGCAUCGCCCUCUUUGAAAUCAAGAUGACAGCCGGCUACUGUAUUGAAUGUGACUUUGAAGAAAACCAUCUCUGUGGCUUUGUGAACCGCUGGAAUCCCAACGUGAACUGGUUUGUCGGAGGAGGAACUAUGAAGAACAUCCACUCCAUCCUCCCACAGGAUCACACCUUCAGGAGUGAGCAGGGCCACUACAUGUACGUGGACUCCGUUUAUGUCAAGCACUUCCAGGAAGUGGCCCAGCUCAUCUCCCCAGUGACCACAGCCCCCAUGUCCGGAUGCCUCUCCUUCUAUUACCAGCUUCAGCAGGGGAAGGGCAAUGUCUUCGCCCUUUACACCCGGGAUAUGGCUGGCCUGUACGAGGAGAUCUGGAAAGUGGACAGUCCAGGCAAUGCCGCCUGGAACCUCGCAGAGGUGGAGUUCAGUGCUCCCUACCCCAUGGAGGCUAUUUUUGAAGUUGCUUUCAAUGGUCCCAAAGGAGGCUAUGUUGCCCUGGAUGAUAUUUCUUUCUCUCCUGUUCACUGUCAGAAUCAGACAGGGCUUCCUUUCAGUGCUGUGGAAACAAGCUGCAAUUUUGAGGCAGAUCUCUGCAACUUUUAUCAGGACAAAGAAGGUCCAGGUUGGACCAGGGUGAGAGUGAAACCAAACAUGUAUCGGGCAGGAGACCACACGACAGGGACAGGGUAUUACCUGCUGGCCAAUACUAAGUUUACAGCCCAGCCUGGCUACAUUGGAAGGCUCUAUGGUCCCUCUCUGCCAGGAAACAUGCAGUACUGUGUGCGUUUUCAUUAUGCCAUCUUUGGGUUUUUGAAAAUGAGUGACACCCUAGCCGUUUAUAUCGUUGAAGAAAACCAUGUGGUUCAAGAGAAGAUCUGGUCUGUUCUUGAGUCCCCACGCGGUGUUUGGAGGCAAGCUGAAAUCAGCUUUAAGAAGCCCAUGCCCACGAAGGUGGUUUUUAUGAGCCUGUGCAAAAGCUUUUGGGACUGUGGACUUGUAGCCCUGGAUGACAUUACCAUACAAUUGGGAAACUGCCAGUCUCCAGAGAGACUCCCGCCCGCACCUGGAGAGUGCACUUUCGAUCAAGAUGAAUGUGCGUUUACACAGGAGAAAAGAAAUCGGAGCAGCUGGCACAGGGGGAGGGGAGAAACACCCACUUCCUACACAGGACCCAGGGGAGAUCACACAACUGGGGUAGGUUACUACAUGUAUAUCGAGGCCUCCCACAUGGUGUAUGGACAGAAAGCCCACCUCUGGUCCCAGCCUCUGAGAGGUAUCCUCGGGAAACACUGCUUGACUUUUUUCUACCACAUGUAUGGAGCAGGAACUGGCCUGCUGAGUGUUUAUUUGAAAAGAGAAGAUGACAGUAAGGAAUCCCUGCUGUGGAGAAGAAGAGGGGAGCAAAGUGUCUCCUGGCUUCGGGCACUAGUUGAAUACAGCUGCAGGAGGCAACACCAGAUAAUUUUUGAAGCCAUUCGGGGAGUGUCAAUUAGAAGUGAUAUUGCCAUUGAUGAUGUUAAAUUUCAAGCAGGACCAUGUGCAGGUAAUAUUUCCCCAAUUACAUAAGCUUGAUUGGAAAGGGGAUCUUAUAAUAGUCUCAAAGUAUAAGAACUCAAAAUUAUCUUUUCUAUAGAGUAAAUAAUUAUUGUCUGACUUUUCUGACAGAAAUGGAAGAUUCAACUCAACAAUCAUCAGGAUAUUCUGAAGACUUAAAUGAAAUUGAGUAUUAAUAAAUUAUGUAAGUUGGAUUAAGAAGAUAAAAGCUGUACCUCUCCUCCAUCAAAGUGAAAACAGAAGAAAUGAAUACUGGACAUUCUUAUCUGUUGCAUAAGUUGAAAUGACUUCAGAACACCCUCUCUCAUUACUUUUGAAAACUAUAUAUAGAUAUAUAUUGACUCAGGGCUUUCUUCUUUUUUCCCCUGCACAUUUGACAACUGUUACUAGAAGUACAGGCUACUGGUUUUACAUAGACCAUUUUGUUUUAAAUACAAAUGUACUAUGUUGUAGUCAUUUCAAAGUUCACAUAUAAAGGGCACAGUCAAAAUGAAUGUGCUUACUUAAGUCUGCAUUCAGUGAAUGUAUUGGGAGAUGAGGUCUUGUUGGUUUUUCUUUUGAGCUUUAAGUAUGAUUUUUUUCUUAAAUAAUACAAGGUAUCAGUAAUAUUUGCAAAAUGAAUGCAGUUUUAUGGUAACAAGUUAUUCUAGAAAUAAAGUCUCAUUUGUGUAUUGUAUUCACACACACACACACACACACACACACACACACACACACACACACACACACAC